CUGGUUCCCAUAACACUUGUAAAUAUUUCAGGCUUUUGGUGUCAAGAAACAUCAUACCAGCACAUGAAGUAACUUAUAUGAAAUCACUGCCUCUUUUUGUAAGUGGAUCAAGCAGAGAAGAGAGAAUAAUUUAUCCAGAUUCAGUAAAUUAUGCAAAUAGUCAGUCUACUGCUGUGAAGACUGACAAUAAUGUAAGUGUAAAUAACAUAAGUGAAACUAAUGGCAAAACAGCACUUCCAGCUGAUGACUCCUUAGCUACAAAUAGUAAACCAUCAGAAUUAGGAAGUGCUUCUACAACUUUGAAUUCUGAACAUGUCCAGGGAUGUUUAACCACCUCCCCAGGUCCUGGAUCAUCUAGACAGAAGCCUGAAGAAUCGUUGCCUUGUAGGAAGAAUAAUGAACAAGUAGUUCCUUCUAUCUCUUUCUCCAGGGUCCUGCUUCCGUCUCAUCCUAGCACUGGAUCUGAGUCAGAGUCUGUCUACAGUUGUCAAGGAUAUGAAACAGCAUUGUGUCUCAACAGUGAGUAUGUGGAGAAUGAAGAAGAAUGUGGGGAGGAUAUUGAAGAUGCUUCAGAGUCAGGAAAGGACCUAAAGCAUUUAGAUGAUGAUGCUUCCUCAGUGAUGGAGGUUUGUAAGUUGUGAAUACUAAAAGAAAGUUAACAUUUUACAUACAGUUCCUGUUAAGCACACUUUCUGCAAUAUGCAUAAAAACAUACUGUGUUGUGAUCUUUAUUGUUAUUUACAUAGUUGUCAUGUUUAAAAAGUGCAAUAAAAGAUAUAUGACAUUCACUAAUAGUUCACAGUUCUCUGUUCUGCCAUUCUUUAAGCAGAUUAAUGGCUCACCAAACACUGAGUCAUAUCGUAUCCUCAAUAUUUUGCUCAUGUCUUUGUUGUCAGCAAAGAUCCUAAUAAUGAUGAUUGAUUUUGCAUGAAAAAAAAUUUGUUUUCCAUUUAAUUUUACUUUAGUAUUUUUCUCUCUUUUCUGUUCAUUGUAAGAUGCCUUCAGUUUUAACUGCAAUAUUUUCUGUUAUUAGAGUCAGUAAUAUAUGUCUUAUCUUGAGAGUCUAGUUCCUCUUAU